GUGCCUAGUUGAAGUGGCUCGGCAGAAUGAUUUCGAUCAGGCUUUGGCUCAAAUUUCCCGCGAGCACAAGACUCUACGAUCCGGGGAGACACAACGCAGACGCACAUUCGCCAAAAAAAUCAAUUUCGAAAUUCUCCCUGACGAGUCCGCAUAUCAUCGUCCGUUACCUGUUCCCGCAACCGGUCAUUUUAGUCGGCCAUCAUCGCGCGUACACGAGUCAGGCAAUUACAGUCGGUCCUCGGUCAACUCGCAUUCAGAGCCACAACUCAACAAACUGUUUAAAACAACUCGUCUGCCCACACGAUUGCGUUCCAAGGAUACCGGUCUACUUGCUGCCAGUCCUGUGUUACAAGAGGUUCACGAGGACGAGUCUGACACACGAACCACGGACGAGCCAUUGACUGUUAGGGACGGGAGUAAUACCAAUCUGACUAUGGGACAUCGUAUGCCCACUACCCGUUUCUCAUCCGUCAUGGCGCAAACAAAAGCCGAGAGCGCACGUCGUGCCUCUGUGCCAGUCGAGUUUGAUGCAGCUUUUACCACCCCGAAAUGGAGUAUUGAGGACACAGAUGCAUCCACUGAAACCAAUGAAACGUUUCCCGUUGCGGACUCCGCGCUCACAUGUUGCAUCACCACUGACGAUUUGACCAAGUUGUCCUUGCUUCUGCCGACCCAUUUGGCUGAUUAUUUGCGCGAGGAACUCAUCAAAAGUGCACAAAGACGUACCAUUCCUCAACCAUCCGGUGGGCUAUUCCAGUUUUCUAGACAACCGGCUGAACAUUUGGGCCUGUGCCCCCUAACGCAAGCUACAAACAGUGAUCACUCGCGCCACUCGAGCCAAACACAUAAUGAGUCUGUCACGAUGGAUGAUGCGGCUGGCUCAAUAACCUGUGCAGAUGCUGCUUGUCAGGUGGAUGGUUUACUCAUCCCAUCCUCGGUCACUCAGUGGCCAUUACGCAGUCACAGUGCGAGUUUGUUCCUUCCAAUUGGAGAAUACAAAAUCGAUCAUGUGUAUUUAUCUGCCAAUGAUUAUCAGAAUGCAUUGCAUAACGCCGCCUACCCGGAUGACCUUGAGCACGUUGCCCUCUCGGAUCGACUGACUUGUGCAAUCGAUCUCGGCGAUGGAGUAUUCGAAUUGGCUCCGUCCGCAGAACUGUCUAAUGGGGCCGAUACUGAAUUCGCAACUCCCAGCACUAUGAUGUCAUCGAGUUUUCAUUCCACUCGCACCAACCUGUCCAAUCGUAGUGAAGCCGCUGCGAACUGGUUACAUGCACCAUCGGCAGAUGAAAUGAAUCAGUCCUCGAGCCGCCCGGAUGAGCUAGGUGCAACUCCGACAACUGGCAAAGAUCAUUGGCUUGCUCGUCGUCGUGCACGGUGUGAUUCGAGUUCGGUAGAACGACAGGGUAAGUUUACGCCCUUCCGUUUACACGUCAUGUUAGUCGUCUUUUCAAAAUUUGCUGUCAUUUAG